UUUUUUUUUAAUUAGCUUAAGAAUUUGCUGUUUUUUGACGAUGUUUACAUUCGGUAUUUUUUACUUUUAUUUGAGCGGCUAUCUCGCUACCUUAUCAAUUAUGAUAAGACCGACUUCCUAUUUAAUUUUUUAACAAGCGUAUCUUGAUAUAUUUAUCAUUAUUUUGUUUCGAAACUCCGUCGGAGACGAUAAAAAAUUUUUACAAUGAUGGCCAUGUUUUUUCACUUUGGCGUCAAAGAAAGUGCAAUUUUAUUUUCCGGAUGGAAAACUAACGAUUGGCAGGGCGUUUUAGGAUCGUGUAUUGGUAUUUUUAUCCUCGGAGUUAUUUACGAAGGGCUCAAAAGUUACAGAGAGUCAAUGUUUUUAAAACUGUCAUAUUUUUACCGGAACCAAAAAUCCCGAAGCAAAAUAAUCUUAUCUCCCGUUCACGUGUUCCAAACAGUACUGCACAUCCUCCAAUUUACCCUCGGGUACUUUUUGAUGUUCAUCUUCAUGACCUACAAUGUAUGGUUCGCAAUCGCGGUACUUUUAGGCGUCGGUGUCGGCUUCUGGAUAUUUUCUUGGGACAAAUAUUCUCCCGACUCUCAAUGCUGCUUUUAAAACUAAAAUAAUUUUUAAAUAAAAUAAUAAAGAUAACAAAAUAAUUAAAAUUUCUUAAUUAAACACUCGUAAAUUCUUUAUCAAUUGACAUCAUUAACGAUUAAUGAACCUGAUAAUAAAAUAAUCUUUUUUUUUUUUUAUCAUAAAUUUCUUCCGUAGAUAAUCAGUCUUCUUUAGAAAGUCAUCAAGAGCAGAAAAAAUAAUUUAUAUUUCCAAAAAAAAAAUAAUGGAAAAUCCUAGCACUGAAAAUAUUUGCUGUCAAAGUGUCUUCAGUGAUAUAAACAACAUAAA